AUGGGCGACGCUUCAGUCUUCAAAUAUCCCUCUCCCUUGACCGGGUACGAGAAUGCCCCACCAUUGCCAGACGAGAAGGCAGAAGAUGGGAAGAGCUAUGUAAAUCCUCAGUCAGGGAAGCUCAGCGAAGCAUAUGAGAAGUUCAUCGAUCCUUUGGACAAUGGCCGACGAGGUGGCUUUGACAUUCAUAUCUACUACCUCCAAACCAACGAAACGCAGACCAAGUACGCCAAAGAACUGUGGGAACGCAUCCGAAGAGAAUUCCCAGAACUCCGAAUCUAUAAAUUCUGGGAGGGGCCGAUUGGCCCUCAUCCGAUUGCCAUGUUUGAAGCCAACGUCUUCACGCCCGCUCAGUUUGGGGCAUUCGUGGCGUGGCUAGCUAUCUGGAGAGGACCACUGUCGGCGCUCGUGCAUCCAAACGUUAUUCCCGAAAAGGGCGUGAAUCGCUGGGCCUCGAUGAAGAGGGAUCAUUUGGAGAGGGCGAUCUGGAUGGGCGAAAGACUUCCAUUGGAUCUCAGUCUUUUCAACAGAGAGGAUUAG